AUGAAAGCCUCAGCCGAAUAUAAUGACCUAGAAGUUUGGGUAGAAUGUGAUGGUACAAGGCUAAACGAGUACAGCCAAACGUUUCAAGAGCAGGGACGUCAUCAACCUCCCAUUUACAAGAGUUAUCUUGAAAUCGGUGAUUCAAUAAAAUCCAAAUACACCUUUCACGUCAAAAACAAUUCGAUUACGAAAUGGCUUGAUUCCUUGUUGUCCAAUAUCGAAGUUGACAAUUACCUAUUAUGUACCGCCUAUCUACAUCCGGAAGAAGGGUACGAGGUAUCUCAAAGUCAGGUAUAUAGAUCUGAAGCUGAGAAGAAGGGAAAUGGAAAGGUAGUAGAACACAUGCAUUCUCAAUUGGUUGACGGUGAGGAGGAGGAUAGCCAGCGAUUCGUACUUCUCAACUCACCGGAAGGGGGUUUGGGUAGGAUUACAAUCUCCAUAUUUAGGGGUUCCCCUAGUGUAUCUCAACCGAUGGAGCAUCAGGAUGCGAAUCACGAAGAUACUGAAAGCGAGAUUUAUAAUGGUUUCCCGAGAUUGAACGUGUCUGAUCCCUCAAAAGCCUGGGAAAAUUGGUCGGAAGAUGAUGUUGAUCCAUGGAUACGAUUCGUAUAUACUUACGGUACUCGAAAAGCUCUCAUAGCCAACAAAGUGGAUGUCCCUCCUCCCAGGAUCUCUCCUGCUGUCCCUCCGGAAGCUAAAGUGGACGAGAUACUCGUUCCUGACUCGACACCGCCAUCACCCUUCGCUUUCACUUCAGAUCCCUUUCAAGAUAACUUACUUACGCAAGGGCUUGAGGAGCUUGGCAGUGCACUCAAAAGUUUGAUCGCUGAUGUGAAUAUAAAAGCUGCAGCAGAUAUGACGGUAAAUGAGCAAAUCUGCUCCGGUGCUCAACCUGACAAGGGGAAAACAAGCAAUCUGUCAAAGGUUGAUCCUCAACGAGGACAAGAGCAUGUGUCUAGACUUUCAAAGGAGCAGAAGAAAUCAACUCGAGCUACGAGUGGUCGUUCAGACAAGGAUCAGAUCCCUGACAAUCGCUCACUGAAAAGUUCAAUACUCAAUCCAAAUGCUGAAACAGGUUCGGAAACCAAUAAUCUCCAUGCUGUUCCUCCAACUGCGAUCUCAAAGACUCGUUCUGUCCCUCAGAUCGUCGAGAGUAACACGCAGCCCAUUUUGACUCAAUCAUACAAUGAGGCCAGUUCAUCAUCUUGGAGAGCUUAUCCCCAAGCACGGAACAAACCCCCCACUCACAGGCAAGCGCUGGAUCGAGCUCGAUCCAACUUAUAUCCUCCUAUCUCUUUGCAAGCAGAAGUAAAUCGUCAAGAACAAUUGUCAGGUAACCCGGAGUAUACAAAAUUACUUGAAGCUAUCGAUAAUCCCUCUUCGACAAAUUUGACUGAAAAGGAAAUCGAUAUAUUACUUCGAGCACUUACUGAUAGUGUAAAACCAAUCACUGCCACUACUAGUCGUUCUCAUCAUUCACACGGAUAUACUGAUAUACCUCAUGGAAGUAAAGGUAAAGGGAAAGAGAAGAUCAACGACCCCAACUCUGACAAAGAUACUACCACUAAUUAUCAUCCAUCAAAAUCCGUAUCCGUAUCUGUAUCAAGUUUCGAACGACCUCUUCCCAAUGUUUCAGCUAAAGAUUACGCCUACGAACCAUCUCCAACAAUCGAAGAAAAUGAUAUCAACUCGUUAGAUUACUUGGCUAAAGGAGGUAUGAAUGAAGAUUUCCUACAAAACCUCUUCAACGCAGGUACUUCGCCGAGCGAAAGAAACAAUAUGCCCAAACGACCCAAGGCGAGAUGGGAGACUAUCCAAUCGUUCAAUGCUAGAAGAGAAGAUGAAAGAUAUCGCAGAUUACUUGAAGAGAAGGAAUCUAGGAAGAUGAUGCAAGAGCUGGCUAGGAAGAAGAGAUUGAAUGAUAAAGAUAUGAAGAGAAGGGAGGAGGAGAGGAGGAAAUGGUUGAAUGUAGGAAAAGAAAAAGAAAAUUGCCAUUCGCAAAGAUACCAUGAUGGAUCGACAGUUGGACAAAAGGCGCAUACGAAGAGAGGUAGAUGUGAGGAUGAGGAUGAGAUUGAAAGGAGAAUAGAAGAAAAGAAGAGGAGAUUGAGAGAGAUGGAUAGAUUGGAGAAGGUACGAAAGGCUGAAGGGAGAGGUAGACGUAAAGAGGAAGCCAUCGAUCUGACCUUAUCUGAUUGA